AAGAAACAUAUCACAUGCUACAACUACAACCACCAUUUCAAUUUCAAUUUCAAUUCAUAAUAUAAUAAUCAUUCCAUUUUUGAAUCCAAAUCAAAAUCCCUCAAUUUCGAAUUCUAGAACAAACCCAUUUCAAUUUCAACAAAAACAACAACUUUGGAAUCACAGAGCUUAGAUUAAAAGCUACCAUGGAAGCAAUUCUUAUAGAUUCUGUUCAAAAGAGUAUUUCCCAUUUCAUGCAUUCCAACGCCAUCUUCCUCUCUCACCGUCUCUGCGCCCAAUUCCCUUCCGAAACAAAUCUCCAAUUGUUGGCUGCCUGUUACUUGCAGAGUAAUCAAGCACAUUCUGCAUACCAUGUUUUAAAGGGAACACAAAUGGCUCAAUCUCGGUACUUGUUUGCAAUAUCAUGCUUUCAGAUGGAUCUUCUUAAUGAAGCUGAAGCAGCAUUAUGUCCUGCUAAUGAGCCUAGUGUUGAGGUUCCCAACGGUUCAGCUGGUCAUUAUCUAUUAGGGCUCAUUUACAGAUACACUGACAGAAAGAAAAGUGCCAUACAACAUUUUAAGCAGGCAUUGUCAAUGGAUCCUCUAAUGUGGGCUGCGUAUGAGGAGUUGUGCAUAUUAGGUGCUGCUGAAGAAGCAACUGCAUUUUUUGGUGAAGCAGCUGCUCUUUGCAUACAAAAGCAAUACCUAAAUUGCUCAACCUCUCCAAAGCUGCAUUCAUCAACUGAGGAUUGUAAUUUAGUUGACACUAGAAACUGUGUGUCAGAAGAUGCAAUUCCAAGGCAAUCGAAACUCAUGCAAGGCCUAAAAGAUAUUCCUGGAAACCAUCAUGGGGCACCUAUAUUAGGAGGAAGUUCGGGUCAACCUACUAAUAGUGGUCUGUCUAACAUAUCAUUUUAUAAUACGCCAUCUCCAAUGAUGACACAGUUGUCAGGUGUUGCUCCACCCCCUUUGUGUAGGAACGUACAGCCAAAUGGCUCAAAUAUGAGCACACAAAGUGCUGAUAAUUCUCCUAGAUCGACAGUGAACUCUACUAUUCAAGCCCCUCGAAGAAAGUUUGUGGAUGAAGGAAAGUUAAGAAAGAUUUCUGGAAGAUUAUUUUCUGAUUCUGGUCCUCGACGUAGUUCGAGACUCGCAGGUGAUGCAAGUGUAAAUGCAAAUCCUAAUACAACAGUUGUCUCUGGAAAUGGAACUGGUUACUCUUCUAAGCAUCUCGGUGGGUCAAAGCCUAGCUCAAUGGCAUUCCGUUCUGUGACAGUUCGCAAGGGACCAUCAUGGGCCAAUGAAAACAUAGAUGAAGGAAUUAAUAAUGACAUUCUAGAUGAUUCUCGUUUAAAUAUUACAUCAACAAGUUCUAGUUCCUCGCCUACCAUGGAAGCUAAAUCUUAUGAACAGGAAGUAGCGAAUAUUCCAGUUGGUGGACAAGUUAUAAGUAGUUCAAAAGUCAUAACUGGUGCUUCCGAAAUACUCACCCUUCUAAGAGUUCUUGGUGAAGGUUUUAGACUUGCCUGCUUGUAUAAAUGCCAGGAUGCACUGGAAACCUACCUGAAACUUCCGUAUAAGCAUUACAAUACUGGCUGGGUUCUUUCCCAGGUUGGAAAAGUGUACUAUGAAUUUGAUUAUUUAGAAGCUGAUCGGGCCUUUGGUCUUGCUCGUCAGAUUACGCCUUAUAAUUUGGAAGGAAUGGAUGUAUACUCAACAGUUCUUUAUCAUCUCAAGGAAGAUAUGAAGUUAAGUUACCUGGCUCAGGGACUGAUACAAACUGAUCGCUUAGCUCCCCAAUCUUGGUGCGCAAUGGGCAAUUGCUACAGUCUGCAGAAAGAUCAUGAAACUGCACUGAAGAAUUUUCAACGAGCUGUGCAACUAAAUCCCAGAUUUGCAUAUGCGCACACCCUUUGUGGACAUGAGUAUGUUGCACUAGAAGAUUUUGAGAAUGGAAUCAAAUGCUACCAGAGUGCACUCAGGGUUGAUGCAAGGCACUACAAUGCUUGGUAUGGACUUGGAAUGGUAUAUCUCCGCCAAGAGAAGUUUGAGUUCUCCGAACACCAUUUCCGAAUGGCUUUCCAAAUUAAUCCACGCUCAUCUGUUAUAUUGUCAUACCUUGGUACCGCUUUGCAUGCUUUAAAGAGAAGCGAGGAAGCACUGAUGGUGAUGGAGAAGGCUAUUUCGGCAGAUAAGAAAAAUCCCGUUCCAAUGUAUCAGAAGGCCAAUAUACUAAUGAGUUUGGAAAAAUUCGACGAGGCUUUGGAAGUCCUAGAGGAGCUUAAAGAGUAUGCUCCCCGCGAAAGUAGCGUCUACGCUUUGAUGGGAAGGAUCUAUAAAAGGCGUAACAUGCAUGAGAGAGCAAUGCUUCAUUAUGGUAUUGCUUUGGAUUUGAAACCUUCUGCAACAGAUGCUGCUUCUAUCAAGGCUGCCAUUGAGAAAUUACAUGUACCGGAUGAGAUGGACGACAACUUGUAGCUCUGCAUGUGAAGUGCAGAACUGAUAACUUCGUGCAGUUUAUCUGCAUACAAAUCCUUUACUAUAAGGAUUUGGCUGUGCUUGUGCUUUCGGCAUUGUGCAUAGAAGCUGUAAAAAAUGGGCCCAUCUAAUCGGCGGGUCUGAGUUUUGUCGGAGAAUCAUAUAUAUACUUAAUAAGAGGACAUGAUACAACAGAGGUACCAAGUUCCCAUACUUGUAAGAAUAGGUUUUUAAGGAAAAAUAUAUGUAUCAUUAGUUCAUCAAUUCAUUUGUUCAUAAAUCACAGCUUUAGCCUGUAGCUCCUGGUUAACAUUAUCAGUAGUGUUAAAUGGUUCAUUUCUUUCAUAAUUUUCCACUUAGCCAUUCUGUUUUAAGACAACAUAGCAAAUUCCUUCUAUCCCCAUUGCCACCCAAAAGUAAUUCCUUUGUAAUUUGAUUUUGUUUAUAAUGAUAUCAUAAUGACAUAAUCAAACUUUAGUUUGGAAGGAAAAAAAAAUUAUAGUUUUUGUCCCUUUA